AUGACAUGUUAUUACUAUUUUCAGAUUAUAUCAUUACCAUCUCAAUUUCAUUACACAUACAGCAUACAGUUUAUGGCAGUAACAAAUGAAAUUGAUCAAAUUGAAGACUCGAAAACUUACUUAAUUAUUUGUAAUGCAAAUAUUAACCAAAAUGAUUGUGGCAGUGUAAAGUAUCGAAUUCCAAUUUUAGAUCACAUUCUUCCACAAACAAUUUCAAUUAGCAAUUCUGGUCAACCGAUUUACUUUUCGCUCGAGCAUUCAAUAAAUGGAUUAAGUGGUCGAGUAGCUGGUGAUAUCCAUGUAAUAUUUCGGAUCCAUGUUUCUCCUACUGGUAAGGCAUUUUACGGUUUAAACAUAACAAACUCUGUGACAGCAAAUAAUACUGGAAAUGGUAUUUUGAUACGUGAAGUACGCGAACGUACAACGUUUACAAACAUAACAGUAGUAGGAAAUGAGGGACAGGCAGGUAUUUUGGUAAAUAAUGGAGCAGCUGAUAUUUGGAUUAAUGCUUCCUAUAUUGAUCAUAAUUGGGGAGAUGGUAUUAAUGUAACUUACUCUGGUGGUUCUGUUACAAUUAAUGGUACGACUAUAAGUCAUAAUCGGUGGAGAGGCUGUGCAUUUCAUCAAGAAGACUUUUCAUCUUAUCUGCCAUUACAUCAAGAAAUUAUUUUCAAGGGACGUCCAUCUAAUAAUAUAUUUUACUUACGUACGCAAAUAGUUAACAACGCGUGGGGUGGUAUUUUAAUUGGAAAUUUUUGCAUACCUUCGUGGAGAAAUAUUCAACCUAAGGUGCUAAUAAGUUGGACAGAACUAGUUGCAAAUCGUUAUCAUGCAUCUAUCGAAAUUUUCGCUUGUCAAAAAGCAGAAAUGGCCAAUACUAUUAUUGAUUUUACCGGGAAUCGAGUAGAAGAUGGUCUAGGAGUUGGUUUCAGAAUGGAACCAGCCGUAAAUAUUAUCAUGAUUAUAUCAAAUAAUCAGUUCAUCGCGAACAAUGAUACUGCUCUAAUCAUUCGAAAUGCUCGAUAUCCAUAUUUGCAUAACCUACCUGCUCAAGUGACAAUUUCGAAAAAUUCUUUUAAAUUUAAUUCGGGUCAAAGUAUUGUAUCUAUUGGAAUGGUGGAAGGUUCACAAAUUCAGAAUCUUACAUUUAAUCAGCAAAAUGAAGUUCGUGAAAAUCGUGUCAUCAACCCAUUUCCAUAUUUAAAUCCUCGAUCAACUCCUUAUGCUGCUUUAGUAGUUUCUAGCAGUAAUGUCGUGAUUAAUCGAAAUUGCUUCAAAAAUCCUCAAGCAGCAUAUGAAAUAGGUACCGAACUUGAAGAACAUGCAAAGUGGAUUGAUGCGAGGGAAAAUAAUUGGGGGCAUUCGAGACCUGAAUUAUUUAUGCACCGAAUUUUUGAUCAGUUUAACCGUUACUCAUUAGCUACCAUUGAAGUAAAUCCUUUUGCUGCUGUGUGUAAUCAACGAAGACCUCAUAUUACUACCGUACAACAGUACUAUCGUUUAUUCCGUAAAGACAGUGAACCAUAUAUUUUGGGUGGAACAAUAUGGGAGAAUCAAGAUUUAGGGAAAGGAUUAUAUACAGUAAUAGAUGAUUUAAAUAUUGUACCUGGAGCGCGUCUCACGGUAGCCCCGGGUACUGAACUACAAUUUUCUAACGGUAUCGGAAUGCUUGUCCAGGGCGAACUUGUGCGAACAGAAUUGCAUUCAUCUAACGAAAUGGUGAAGUUUACGAGUGUACCGUUUGUACUACCCAAUCUACCAAAUAUUCGUCUUGUCGAUGAAAAUAACAAUAGCGCUGCUAGUGUUCUUGCUGGUCGUUUAGAAGUUAAUGUAGACGGUAAAUGGGGUACUAUCUGCAGUCGAAGUUGGACUAAGGAUUUGGCUUUACUAGCUUGCAAUCAACUUGGAUUAAUUAUGGACCCCGAAAAUCUCGAAAACUGGCAAAUAUUUCCAUCGGGAGGUGAACUUCCAGUAGUUAUGGAUAAUAUUAAAUGCGAAGAAAGAGAAUAUGAUAUAACCCGUUGUCGACAUGAUGGCAUGAAUGAAAAUAUUAUCGUAUCUUGUGAAGCAACACAAAUUGUUGGCCUACGAUGCAUGGAGCCAAGCUGGAGUGGUGUACGUUAUUCAUUACUUGCAAAUCCACCAUCAGUUACGGGUCAAAGUUCAAUGGAUAAGUGGAUUAUUGAAAAAGCUGGACUUUUUGAUUUUCGAUUACCAAUAUUCAGUGCUGCAUUACAAAUUGACUGGAAUUAUCAUAUAUUCAAUCAUUUAUAUAUAAGAAACAAUUUUUGGAAUGGUAUUGAUGUGAUUUACAACGAUCUAACCAGAAAACCUGCAAUUCGUAGUAGUUAUUUUGAAAAUAACCGACGUCAUGGAUUUAAAACCCGUUCACCUGGAAUUACCGUUGAGAAAGUUUCUUUAAGUAAAAAUGGACAAUCAGGUUUUCGAUAUAAUUCUUUUAUAUCUAAAAAUUUGCAACGUGAUAUUGUCACGUGGUUAGAACGACGUGAACAAUCAGAAAUGGAAGCUAACAAUGUUUUUGUCAUACCAAACAAAAACAUUGAUCAAUUGGUUGUUUAUGAAUCACAUUUGAAUCAGCGAAAAUUUUUAAUUGCUAAGAUAACUUCAGAAUGCCCACUAGGUGAAGAUUUCAGUUUAUUAAAAUAG